CUUGCCUUAGCUCUAACUUCUUCCAAGUCAAUUUUUGUUUGACUACGCAACACUACACCCUAUCUUUAGUUUAUUUAUACCAAUCUCUUCCCUGACAUUUCUUAUAUCAAAUUCCAUUCUUUCUUUAAAAGUUUUCAUCAUGUCUCAAUGGUUUAUGCUUUUGGUAUUUCUCUUGCUACUCUUACUCUCUUGUGUCUCCCCUUCUAGCUUAUUCACUUUCAAAAAUCCUGUUGUUGGUCUUGUUGCUUGUGGUCCCCACCAGAUUCAUGUCUUUACGCAGUUCAAGAACGAGUUUGAUACUCGUGUUUGCAACCAUAGUGACUUCUUGAAUGGGGUGUGGUGCGAUAACUCCACAGGCGCGAUCACGAAGCUACGACUAAGGGCCUGCCUUAGUGGAACUCUGAAAUCCAACAGUAUCCUUUUCCAUUUUCAUCAGCUCCGCUACCUUGAUCUCUCUCACAACAAGCUCACCCCCUCUUUUAUCCCUUCUGAGUUUGGAAUGCUCAACAAAUUAGAGGUUUUAUUUCUUUCAGGUAGUGGCUUCCUCGACCAAGUUCCUUCCUCAUUCAGUAACCUAACCAUGCUUUCCGUUUUAGCCCUUAAAGAUAACGAGCUCACUGGUAGUCUCUCAUUUGUGCGGAAUCUACGAACGCUCACAGUUUUAGAUGUUUCUGAUAAUCACUUUUCUGGAAUUCUGAAUCCCAACAGUAGCCUCUUUGAGUUACACCACCUCACCUACCUUGAUCUUAGUUUCAACAACUUCACCUCUUCUCCACUCCCUUAUAAAUUUGGUAAUCUCCACAAACUAGAGUCCUUGUCUGUUACCCAUAAUAGCUUCUUUGGUGAAGUUCCUCCCACAAUUAGUAACCUAACCCAGUUAACCGCAUUGUUACUUCACUCGAACUACUUCACUGGUAGUCUCCCACGUGUACAAAAUCUAACCAAGCUCUCCAUUCUAGCACUUGAUAAUAAUCACUUCUCUGGAACCAUCCAUUCUCCUCUCUUCACUAUGCCUUUCUUAUCAAGUAUUUAUUUACAUGGAAACAAUCUCAGAGGUUCUAUUGAAGUUCCUAAUUCCUCUUUCUCGUCGAGGUUAGAGAGUUUGUACCUAGGUAAAAACCAUUUUGAAGGAAAAAUUCUAGAGCCUAUAUCAAAGCUCAUCAACCUCAAAGAGCUCGACCUUUCAUACCUAAACACAAGCUACCCAGUUGACUUAAGUCUUUUAUCCUCUCUCAAAUCUUUGUUACUCCUUGAUCUUUCUGGUGAUUGGAUAUCUCAUGCUAGUUUAAGUUCGGAUUCGUACAAGUCCAACCCAUCGACCCUAGAAUUGUUAUAUAUAAAUCAGUGCAACAUUAGUGAGUUCCCAAACAUCUUAAAGACCCUUCAUAAUUUGGAGUAUAUUGACGUAUCCAACAAUAGAAUCAGUGGGAAAAUCCCAGAGUGGUUAUGGAGCAUUCCUCGUCUGAGAUCAGUGUUAAUUACAGAUAAUUUGUUAACUGGCUUCGAAGGUUCACCAGAAGUUUUAGUAAAUUCAUCGCUGCAGUUCUUAAGCAUGGAUUCAAACUAUUUAAAAGGAGAACUUCCACAUCUACCACUCUCUAUCAACUACUUCACUGCACAAGGCAAUGCUUUUAGUGGCGUCAUACCUCUUUCAAUCUGCAACAGAAGCUUGCUUGAUGUCCUUGAUCUAAGUUACAACAACUUCACCGGUAUGAUCCCUUCGUGUCUCACUAAAUUGUUGAUUUUGAGUCUCCGGAAGAACAACUUAGAAGGAAGUAUUCCAGACAAGUAUUAUGCCAAUGCAACUCUAUGGACACUCGACGUUGGCUACAAUCGAUUAACCGGAAAGCUUCCAAGGUCUCUUCUAAAUUGCUCAGCUCUGCAGUUUCUUAGUGCGGACCACAAUGCAAUCAACGAUACAUUUCCUUUCUUCCUUAAGGCUUUACCGAAACUACAAGUUCUUAUCCUCCGUUCAAACAAAUUCUAUGGUCCAAUAUCUCCUCCUAAUCAAGGUUCUCUGGGAUUUCCUGAGCUGCAGAUACUUGAGAUAGCUGGUAAUAAAUUUACCGGAAGCUUGUCCCCAAUUUUUUUUGUGAAUUGGAAAGCAUUUUCACUCAAAAAGAAUGAGAAUCUUGCGCUAUAUAUGGUAUAUGAUGUGAGUCUUUACGGGCGAUAUAGCCUCAGGUAUAUGGAAACUAUAGAUAUACAAUAUAAAGGUCUAUCUAUGGAGCAAGAGAGUGUCCUUACUUCCUCGGCCACCAUUGACUUUUCUGGAAACAGACUUGAAGGAAAAAUUCCUGAAUCUAUCGGUCUCUUAAAAGAACUCAUCGCACUCAACUUAUCGAACAACGCCUUCACAGGCCAUAUUCCUCUGUCUUUGGCCAAUCUUAUGAAGCUGGAGUCACUAGACCUAUCAAGUAACCAACUCUCAGGGACUAUUCCUAAUGGACUAGGGACUCUCUCAUUUUUGGCGUACAUCAACAUUUCUCACAACCAACUCACUGGUGAAAUACCACAAGGAACACAGAUAGUUGGGCAAGCUAAAUCGUCCUUUGAAGGAAAUGCAGGGCUUUGUGGGUUGCCUCUUGACGAACGUUGUCAUGGGACUAACGCGCCACCAUCACAACAGGAUAAAGAAGAAGAAGAAGAUGAAGAAGAGGAACAAGUGUUGAACUGGAAAGGCGUGGCAAUAGGGUUUGGUCUUGGAGUGUUACUUGGAUUGGCAAUAGCACAACUCAUUGCUUCCUACAAACCGGAGUGGCUUAUUUGUCUGAUUACGUGCGGAAACCGUUAAGAUUUUCUUUUGUUUUUUGAGUUUGA